UCAGUCCGGGUGGUCGAGGACGCGGAAUGUGGGGCGAAACUCCUGUCGGGUUGACGGUGGGGGCUCUGCAGAUGGAGCAGUGCAGAUUUCCAGGAUGCGUUCUCGAGGGUGGCAGCACCCAAGGCCGUCCGGCCAGCCAGACUACCUGUCUUGGAAGAAUCAGGAUGGCGAGUGCUCUCGGGCACCAGUCUGGGUGCGGCCAACAUGGGUGAGCCUCAGGGGCACAUGAAGAUCCUAGUGACAGGGGGCUCCGGACUGGUGGGCCGAGCCAUUCAGAAGGUGGUUGCAGAUGGUGCCGGCCUGCCAGGAGAGGAAUGGGUGUUUGUCUCCUCCAAAGAUGCAGACCUCACGGAUGCAGCACAGACCAAAGCCCUGUUCCAGAAAAUCCAGCCCACUCAUGUCAUCCAUCUUGCUGCAAUGGUGGGGGGCCUGUUCCGGAAUAUCAAGUACAAUUUGGACUUCUGGGCCUAUCAUGGCAGUCUGAUUGCCCUGGCUCUACCCCUGCAGAGGAAGAAUGUACACAUCAAUGACAACGUCCUGCAUUCUGCCUUUGAGGUGGGCACCCGCAAGGUGGUCUCCUGCCUGUCCACCUGUAUCUUCCCUGAUAAGACUACCUAUCCCAUCGAUGAGACCAUGAUCCACAAUGGGCCUCCGCACAGCAGUAAUUUUGGGUACUCUUAUGCCAAGAGGAUGAUUGACGUGCAGAACAGGGCGUACUUCCAGCAGCACGGCUGUACCUUCACCGCCGUCAUUCCCACCAAUGUUUUUGGCCCUUAUGACAACUUCAACAUCGAGGAUGGCCAUGUGCUUCCUGGCCUCAUCCACAAGGUGCACCUGGCCAAGAGCAGCGGCUCAGCCCUGACCGUGUGGGGCACUGGGAAGCCACGGAGACAGUUCAUCUACUCACUGGACCUGGCCCGGCUCUUCAUCUGGGUCCUGCGAGAGUACAGCGAGGUGGAGCCAAUCAUUCUCUCAGUGGGUGAGGAAGAUGAGGUCUCCAUCAAGGAAGCAGCCGAGGCUGUGGUGGAGGCCAUGGGCUUUCAUGGGGAAGUCACAUUUGAUACAACGAAGUCAGAUGGGCAGUUUAAGAAGACAGCCAGCAAUGGCAAGCUUCGGACCUAUCUGCCCAACUUCCAGUUCACACCCUUCAAGCAGGCUGUCAAGGAAACCUGCACUUGGUUCACCAACAACUACGAGCAGGCCCGGAAGUGAAGUCAUGAGGGGAGCAGGUGCUUAGCUGGCAAAACCCAGCAGCCCCUGGCCUCAGAAUUUGUCAGGGGCCAAGGUUACUGCCCAACAAUCGGGCCCAUAUCCUACCCCCUCUGCUGGGGGCUUCAGGCAGCAAUACCCCUGUUCCGUCUGUCCUCAGGGAAACAAGGCCCAGGUGGCCCAGCACCUCCCUCCCUGCCUUAGUCCACUCUGGUCCCACUGUCCUGAGUCUAGGACUCAAUAAAAUGCAUUUUCAUA